CGCUUCAUCAACCAGCGACGAGUGAAGAGGUGGGGCCGCAGGAGGCCGGCGAAGGAAGUGACGUAAAAAAAGAGCGCCUGCAAGAACGCGCGCUGGCAGCACGUUGAGGCCAUGGCCCCUCGGCGCCUCCUGUUGGUUGGGGAGGGGAAUUUCUCCUUCGCCGCCGCUCUGAGCGAGACCCUGGACCCCAACACUAGUCUGACCGCCACCUGCCUCCAGCGCCCGGCCGACUUGGCCCGGGAUCCGGCGGCCCAGGAGAACCUGCAGCGCCUGCGCGAACGAGAUAUCGAGGUACGCUUUGGUGUGGACUGCACCCAGCUGGCAGAUGCCUUUGAACUGCAAGACAGAGAGUUUGAUCGAAUUUAUUUUAACUUUCCGCACUGUGGACGCAAAGCUGGAGUAGCUAAGAACAGAGAACUGCUUGCCAAGUUUUUCCAGAGCUGUGCAGAUGUUCUCGCAGAGGAAGGAGAAGUCCAUGUGGCAUUGUGUAGAGGACAAGGUGGGACUCCUGCUGAUAAGCCCAUGAGAGAAUGGCACAACAGUUGGCAAGUGGUUGCUAUGGCAGCUCUGGGGGGAUUCAUUUUAAGUGAUGUGCAUCCCUUCAGCUGUGAGGAAGUGCCAGGGUACAAGUGCACUGGAUAUAGGAGUCAAGAUAAGUCCUUUCAUGUAGAAGGUGCUUUGAACCACAUCUUUACUUGGAGCUUACCCUUUGAAGGUUUGCAACCAAGAAUUUCCAGGAUCAAACUGGGUGACCAGUGGUUUUCUUUUUUAGAACCAGAAGUACUUGUAGGCAAGCUGAACAGGGGUUUCCUAGAAGCAUCUUCAUGUCAUCCUAUCAAAACCAUAAAUGAGAAACUCAUUGCUGAAUUGGGAAAAGCUUUCCCUCUAAAAAGGCUGAAGUGUUCUUCCUCUUUGCUGCCGCAGGGGGACAGCAGUGUUCUCACUUCUUGCAACUGUGACAUCCUAUCAUCUGCCUUUUGGAUUAAUCUCUGUGAAGAUAACUCAAAUUUUGAGUCCCUGACUGGUGGGACAACACAAGACAUGGAGGACUUUCUAGUGUCCUUUUCAGAACUCAGCCUUCCCAAGACCCCUAGAAGAGACAGUAAGAAAGAAGUUCAUGAAGGAAUGUAUAGCCAGGCCAAGGUCUGCCUUAGACCUUCUCUUCUAGUUCAUGUUCAGGCUGUAAUCCAAGCACCAGACUUCCUCCCAGGUUCUCUGCACAUCCUCAGUGGUCCUGUCUUUCAGAAGUGCUGCAUCUCACCUUUCACAAUGCCAGCAUUUCACGAGACUUUGUUUAUCCUUGGAUUUAAUAAAAAUCUGAAGGAUGGCUGUCUUCAGUCACUACUGGGUCAUCUGAAGGGCAUUCUAGAUAGCCUUCUGACCCACACAUUGCUUGAGGGCUCUAAGCUAAGCAGUUCAGCGGAAUUUGUCUUUCAACCAGCUGGGGGAGAUUAUAUGAUUACUGUGAAGUCUCAAAAUUUUGGCCCAGGUUGUGUUAAGGAUUUGAUUAUUGGGUCUGUUACCACAUCUGCUACAAGCAUUAUACACAAAGACCAGUGUUUUGUGUGUGUGUCUAUGAACUUGGACCUGUUAGCCAUGCUUGUCUGGGGUAUCUCUGAUUGGAGGAUGUUGUGGACCUUUGAUAACCGUUUCCUGAAGAAUUUUGCCUCUGCGAAAACAGAACCUUUUAAAAGCUAUUCCCUAUACCCUCCAUACUAUGUGCAUGAUAUUAGUUUUUGGUUAGAUGAAAAGAAACCAUUUGAUGAAGUAGAGUUUCACACUGUGGCCCGAGCAGUGUCCCAGGACACUGUCAUAUCCAUACAAUUCCUUAGUCGUUUUCAGCAUCCAAAGACUGAACAGGUCAGCCUCUGCUAUAGAUUGACCUACCAGACCUGUGACAAGGCCCUCACCCAGCAGCAGGUAGCAAAAAUGCAGUCCCAGCUUAGGAAGGAGAUUCAGCAACAACUACAUGUGACACCUCGGUAGUUUAGUAAAUUCAUCUCUAUGUAGUGAUCCUCAUGGGUGUGGGUAUGGAUGAAAAAGACCAAUUUGCAACUGGUAGUUCUUUCUAGACUUUUUUUUUUUUUGUAAAAAUCUUUUACUUUGUGACUAUAGCUAUUGAUGGUUGACUGUAAAGAUACCUGUGACUUGAUCACUUAAAACUUACAGACCAUAAUGUGAGUGGUGACCUUUGGAGUUGUAUAAUAUUUUGAUCAUGAGUAAUGACUAGGAAAACAAAACAGCAUCUUAUAUACUAGAUGCUGUAAUGCUGAAGAGGCAGUAGAACUUGUGUCUCAUCAAAUAUAUUUAUAAAUGUAUCUUACGCGUUGUCAAUUCCUCUUUACUUAACUCUAUCAUAUCAUCUUGAAAUCAAUUGAGAGUAGUUUUUAGAGUCAGAUGGACCAGCAUUUAUUACCUUGGGUAUGUCGCAAUGGUCCGUGUUAUUAUUGGUAUCAUCAUUGUAUUUAUUCUGUGGCUGACUGCUGUUAAAGUCAUGGAACUAAGUAACUCAGAUUUAGAGUUCACACUUGGGUCUGUCUGACUCUGAAGCCCGUGUUCUUUCUGCCACUUUCUGUUACUUUAUUUCUUCCUUAGUUUUUUUCAACAGUAAUCUCUGAACUGUGAUUAACUCUAAACUUUGCCUCCCCUAGAUUUUGGGACUUCCUGUUGUAAGCAUCUCUAAGGAACAUUGGGAGAUUGGCUCAGCACAGGACUCUGCAGAAUGGGGUGCUAUAUUGUGAAUUAAUGUGUGUUCCUGUUAAUUUAUAGUUAGGCUCUGCCCAUUGGAACUAUGUUGUAGACUCUGUGAAGGAAAUAACGGUCUUACUUAUUCUUUUUUUUUUAAUUUCUGUUUUGUUUUUGUAAAUUGAAGUAUAGUUGAUUUAAAAUGUCAUGUUAUUUAUUCUUAUAUUUGGAGAAGAGCAUGUGGAAGGGCAAGAAUUGAAGCAAAGGAACAAAUUAGGAGGUUAUUAUAAUAAUGCAAACAAGAUAUGAUGGUGACCUGGACCAGGGUGGUAAAAAGUGUUUGGACUGGAUAAUAAUUAGAAGGACUUACUGAUAAAUUAUAUAUAUGUGCAUGUAUGAAUAUUUUGGCGUUAGAGAAAGAGGAAUCAAACAGAAUCCCUAGGUUUUUGACCCAAAAACCUGGGAGAACAGAAGUGUUUUUAAUCACAAUAGGAAAACUGGCAUGGGAGUAAGUUUGGGGAGUGAAGAAUCAAGGGCUCUCUUAUGGACACAUGUAUUGCUUAGCUCUCCACGUAGACUUUAAGCUACUCGAGGGCAGGUAAUGUGAUUUAUAGCUUUCUUCCAUCCCCAAUAGUGCCUGGUACACGUGAAACAGAGUAGGACCCUGCAGGGCCUUCCUGGGGACAGAUUCCCCCCACCCCCUCUAUGUCUCCCACCUCUUGUUUGUAGAAAGCUUUAGCCUCCUAGGCCUUCCCUGAGUUCCAAAGAGCAUAUUUAAUCUGAGAAAUGAGAAAAUGCAGAAGCGAAGGAAAACGGUCAUUCAAGACAAAAUAAUAAUAGUUUAGUGGUAACAAAAUUCAAGAACCUUUAGUUCCUCCUCAAGGGCUAUAGCUAAUAUUCUGAGCCAUAUCCUUGUGUGUUUUAUAGACACUAAACUUCCACCAGGUGGAGGAAGUUAACUGCAUGCUGAUCACAAGCACAUGGACCCCAGGCUGGUUGGAACCAGAAGAUUGAUGGUGUUGACUCCCGAAAUACCACCCUGUUACCUCAUCGCCAACCAAUUAAGGAUGUCCAUGAGCUGGUCAUGCACACCUUGACCCUUUCCCUCACCUUGCCUUUAAAAGACGGUCCCUGAAAGGCUUCAGGGAGUUCAGAUCUUUUGAGUGUUAUCUGGGAACAAAGCAGGACAAGUGUGGGCACCUGAAGGAUCUACUGCUUUCAAGUGUCUGCUCUCAGCAAGGUUAUGUGCUGCUCUCCUGAGCAACAUCUCUGACUGUGAUGAAACAUUCAAC